UAUGUAAAAAUAAAAAAUAGAGCUAAAUUGAAAAAAAAGAAAAAAAGGAAAGAAAUGAAAAUAUUACAAUUAGCGUGCACCUAACAAGGAAAAAAGCCGCUUACCAAAUUUAAACAGAAGCAGUAUAGUAGUAGUGAGUCCGUCCAACGACAGAAUCCCUCGUUUCUUACUUGCCAUUACUCAUUUUCUCUUUCUCCUCCGCAUCCCUCGCCGGAAAACUGCUACUCCUCCGCCCCUAACCGUACUGAAAAACUAAAAUCUCCGGCGGAUUCAUAAAAUUAUAGAGAAAUUAUCUGUCGAAAUGAGUAACGGAGAGCUACUUCUAAUAGAUCCAGUAGAGCUUCAGUUUCCAUUUGAAUUGAAGAAGCAGAUCUCGUGCUCUUUGCAAUUAACUAACAAAUCUGAUGAUCAUGUAGCCUUCAAGGUGAAGACGACGAAUCCAAAGAAGUACUGUGUAAGGCCUAACACUGGAAUUGUUACGCCUCGCUCUACCUGUGACGUCAUAGUUACAAUGCAAGCACAAAAAGAGGCACCACCGGAUAUGCAAUGCAAGGAUAAAUUCCUGCUUCAAAGUGUAGUGGCAAGCCCCGUAACUACGCCUAAGGAUAUAACUCCAGAAAUGUUCAGCAAGGAAUCAGGGAAUCAUGUUGAAGAGUGCAAGUUGAGAGUGGCUUAUGUUCCACCUCAACCACCAUCGCCUGUGCGGGAGGGAUCCGAGGAAGGUUCCUCACCUAGGGCUUCAGUAUCUGAAAAUGGAGCUGAGUUCCACAAUGCUUCCAGGACAUAUGCUGAGCCACAAGACAGUUCAUCAGAGGCAAAAGCACUAAUUUUGAAGCUGUCAGAGGAGAAAAAUUCUGCAAUGCAGCAAAAUACCAAGCUUCAGCAAGAAUUGGAUUUCUUGAAACGCGAAAGCAGCAGAAGUCGUGGCGGAAUCCCAUUUAUGUAUGUUAUUAUUGUUGGACUGCUAGGCCUCUUUCUUGGCUAUUUUCUCAAGAAGACAUGAUGGCUAAGAGGUUGCUGCUACAUCGUCAGUGCACCUAAGUGUUUAAGAAAUUCUAUAACCUUGAAGAAAAAGGUGACUAAUCUGGUAAAACUUUGUAUCAUUAGUUGUCUGGUUGACUUAAAAAUGUACAAGACUAGGUUUUAAUCUGUUUUUGUAAUGCCUUAGCUUGAGAGUUCCUUCGUGUGACUAACUACAUUUGACAUCCUUUGCCAACGUGUGGAGGAAACAUUUUAGUUUGCCAAUUAAGUAUACUUCCUGAUUA